GUGGGACGGGGAAAAGAUGGCGGCGGCCGUGGUACAAAUGUCAUGUUUGUACCGCGGGAUGUUGGCGGUGAGAGCCACUGGAAUCCGACCGCUGAUUCCAGGGCUCGUGCCGUCUCAGUUCAGGGCGUUUUCCAUGAAGAAAGAACCGGAGAUGGAGGAAAAUCCGUAUUACAGUAAAUAUGAAGAGAAGAUCAGGAAACUGCGGAGUUCAAAACCUCAAGAAUAUAAAGCCCGGCUGGAGAAGCGCAGUGAGGUGAAACAGCCGCUGGGACAGUGCAGACAAGCAGAGUUCGUCAAGUACAUGGAGAGAGAGCUGGUAGCAGGACCUGGGGGCUUCACCAAAGAUAAGGCAUUAGGGUCUAUUCUCAACCUUGAUAUGAUUCAGGAGAAAUCUGAAUCUGAAAUUGCAGAGCUAUGGAUGCAGUACUUCUCAAAGAAAGACACAAUCAGUGCCGUCAUCCCAGGCUCAACAUUUGACAUUAUUUUUGGUCGCGCCAAAUCUUGCCCAACUUUUCUGUACACUCUGCCCCAGAAGGAGGGCUAUGAGUUUUUUGUGGGCCAGUGGGCUGGUCAUGAACUGCACUUCACAUCUUUAAUCAAUGUGCAGACAAUGGGAGCAAACGCACCCAGCCAGCUAAUUUUAUACCACUAUACAGACCUGCAAAAGGACAAAGGCAUCUUGCUGAUGACUGCUGAGAUGGAUAGCAAAUUUGUGACUGUCCACCAGGCACAGUGCUUAGCCAAUCAGGUGCAGCUGUUUUACGGAUCGCAGCGGCUUGAGACUUUCCGAUUGGUUGAGACCUUCAACCACCAACCGGCAGAGUUUAAACACGUGUCUGUGAUAGCAGAACUAGAACAGAGUGGUGUUGGACCAGCAGUCACUACAAAAUAAUACAAAGGCAAUAAAUAUGGUGUUUCCUUAUGUGGACUGGCGCCUUGGGAAAGAAACGCUCUGUAACUAUGUAUGGAGGCCUGUGAGAGUCUUUGCAGCCAGAUGAGAAGAUAUGUGUUGCCUUUCAGUAGAUAUGAGUUAAAUAGACUCACAAUAGAUAUGGCAUAUGAAAAUAUUUAUACAUCAUGAUUAUCUGCUACCGUGUAUGCAGAUUCGGUUCUAAUUUGACUCCCAGAAAAUGUCCUGAUUAGCAUAUGGCACGAAAUAGGCUACUGUACUAUUGUAGUUGUAUGAUAAUUUUGUGCUUAAAAAUGCAAAAAGGAAACUUAUUUAUGCCACAAAUAUGUUUCCAACAAAAUAAAAGUCAUAUUGUAGAUGUUUAUGCAUCCACUUCUUGCGUAAAUGGCGCACUUAGUUCUUCCUUAUGUAUAGUAUUGCUCUAAAUUAUCGAAAUUAGAUAGCAUUUAAGGUGUUCAGGCCUGUUUACCAAAAAAUACAGGCGUCUCUCCUCAUUCUUAACUGAGAUCCACAAAUAGAUUGAAAUACCCUGAGGACCCAAGUAGCAUACAGUAAUGUUCUUGUACAUCCAUUGUGGUGUUAUUUAUAAUAAAGCUUCACA